UCUCUCUCUCUUUCUUUCUUUGAGACAGAGUCUCUUUCUCUUACCAACGGUUGGAGUGCUGUGGUACCAUCUCACUUCACUGCAACCUCUGCAACCUCCACCUACCGGGCUCAAGCAGUUCUCUUGCCCCUGCCUCCUGAGUAGCUGGGAUUACAGAUGCGUGACAUCAGGCCCAGCUAAUUUUUGUAUUUUUAGUAGAGAAGGGGUUUCACCAUGUUGGCCAGGCUGGUCUUGAACUCCCAACUUCAGGUGAUCCACCUGCCUCAGCCUCCCAAAGUGCUGGUGAGAGAUGACAACGUGCUAGCAGCCCUCGCUUGCUCUCGGCGCCUCCUCGGCCUGGCGUCCACUCUGGCCAUGCUCGAGGAGCCCUUCAGCCUGCCCCUGUGCUGUGGGGGCCCCUCUCUGGGGCUGGCCGAGGCUGCAGCAGGCUCCCUCUGCUCGUGGGGAGGUGUGGAGGGAGAAGCAUGGGCAGGAGCUGGGGCUGCCCGCAGCACUCGUGGGCUGGUGUGGGAUCUGGGUGGGCAAGGGCUCGGUGGCCUGCACUCAGCGCUGCUGGCUGGUGCCUGCUGGGCUUGAUGGGGGGAUGAACUCCCUCUGGGCUGCCGGAGUGCCCGGGCUAGGUGCCGCAAAGUCCCAUGGUGAGUGCCAUGAGAGGUGAAGCUGGCUGCGCUUCUGGGUCUGGUGGGGACUUGGAAAACUUUUCUGUCUAGCUAAAGGACUGUAAAUGCACCAAUCAGAACUCUAUGUCUAGCUAAAGGUUUGUAAACACACCAGUCAGCACUCUGUGUCUAGCUAAAGGUUUGUAAAUGCACCAAUCAGCGCUCUGUGUCUAGCUAAUCAGGUGGGGUACUUGGAGAACUUUUGUGUCUAGCUAAAGGAUUGUAAAUGCACCAAUCAGCACUCUGUGUCUAGCUAAAGGUUUGUAAAGACACCAAUUAGCACUCUGUCAAAAUGGACCAAUCAGCUUUCUGUAGAAUGGACCAAUCAGCAGGAUGUAGGUGGGGCCAGAUAAGGGAAUAAAAGCAGGCUGCGCACCCCUCCCCCCCCCACCUUCCCCAUCAGCCAGCAGCGGCAACCUGCUCAGGUCCCCUUCCACACUGUGAAAGUUUUGUUCUUUUGCUCUUCACAAUAAAUCUUGCUGCUGCUCACUCUUUGGGUCUGCACUGCCUUUAAGAGCUGUAACACUCACUGUGAAGUUCUGCAGCUUCACUCCUGAAGUCAGCGUAGACCACGAACCCACCAGAAGGAAGAAACUUCAGACAUGUCCGAACAGCAGAAGGAACAAACUCUGGACACACCAUCUUUAAGAACUGUAACACUCACGUGAGGGUCUGCAGCUUCAUUCUUGAAGUUAGGGAGACCAAGAACCCACCAAUUCUGGACACACUGGGAUUACAGGCAUGAGCUGCUGUGCCUGGCUAAGAGAUCCUCAUUUUUACAAAAAAAUGAAAAAAUGAGCUGUAUGUGGCACCACAUGCCUGUAGUCCUAGCUACUCAGGAGGCUGAGGUGGGAGGAUUGCUUGAGCCCAGGCUGCAGUGAGCUAUGACCAUGACACUGCACUCCAGUCUGGGUGACAGAACAUGAUCAUCUAAAAGAAGAAAUAGAGAAGCAGUGUAGUUGUGAGAAAGUUGUGUGACCUUGAACAAGUACCUUAACCUUAUCAGGUCUCUAUAAAAUAGGAAAAAUAUCACCUACCUGAUGGGCUUGCUAUGACGAGUAAAGGAAUUAUGAUAUUGAUAUCAGUACAGUGUCUGGCAUAAUGCUAGCAUAUGCUGUAGGAAUGCCAGAGACAUGGUAAUUACCAUUAUUAUUGAUUUAUUGGAGUUUUGGAGUUUAAGAAAGGGUUGUUGCUUUGAUUAAAGGUAUUGAUCCACUAAAGGUAUUGAUCCCUGUAAGAUCAGGGAGGUCAGAAAAUCACCAUUACCUGAGCAGGUAGUUUCCUUGUGAAGCAAAAAAUUGCAGAAGCUGCUCCAGAGUGUAGGGCAGGAUUCCACUGGACACUUGUCGGGGAGAAAUAUGAGUCCCCAGCUGAUGGAGAACCUUUUGUCUUUUGGUGGGCAGCCUAUGAACACUGUAUAUUUAAAAACAAACACUUCUGUGAUUGCUUAGGACUAAAUUUAAUCGUGGUAUUUGAGAGUGGCAUUUAACAACUUCCUGCUUCUAAAAUACUUAAAUACUUAAGAUACUCUGCCAAAUGGAAAGAAUUUGUUCUCCAAUCACAGUGCCUCCAACAUUAAAUAUUCUGGACACUUCAUUGGUUCGCAGUUGUGAUACUUGGAAACUUGCCACUUUAGAUUCUUCAGGAUUCUAAAAUAACCUUUUUCUGACUUCAUUUAUUUAAAUAUCCCAGAAUAAUCUCUUGAGCUAUAAGUUUGAUGAUCCAGGAAACUAUUUAUAGGAGGAUGAGUACUCUCUGUGACUGAUGGUAGUUAUGUUUUAUUUUGAGAAGGACAAAUCAUUAAAAAGAUUGAUAGGGCUGGUGGUAUUUUAAACUGAAAGCAGUACCAAGGCAAACACAGCAGUUAAGGUAUGAAGUUGGAACAUAGUAAGACAUGGUUAUAAUUUUCAUCAACUUAGCUAAGACAUAGGGAGGUCUUCCAAUAGAAGGAAGGCAAAAACAGGCAGUAACACAGACAGUGAUCUUUUAGGUUCACCGGACACUUUAGCCUAGGCAGCUCGGGCUGUUUGCUCAGUGAUUAACAACUGAGAUAAACAGAUAGAGACAGGACUCUGUCAUAAUUAAGGUCAACAGUGUGCUUGGUAUUAUUGAUAUUGCCCCUAGGUAGGAGAAAAACAGAGGAAGGAAGGUCAAGGUCAACCUAACUUAAAAAAACUUUAAAAAAUUGUGGUGAAAUAUACAUAAAAUUUACCAUUUUCAUCAUUUUUAAAUGUACAAAUCAGUGUCACUGAUCAUGCACAUUGUUACGCAACUACCACCAGCAUCUAUCUCCAGAACUUUCUCAUCUUCCCAAACUGAAACUCUGUAUCCCUUAACUCUCCAUUUCACUCUACUUGUGAAACCGCUUUUCUGUCUUUAUGUAGUUUAUUGUAGGUGCCUGAUACAAGUGGAAUCAUGUUAAAUUUUGAAUAUAAAAUUAAAAUUAAAAAAAUUAAUUUUGAUUUGUUUGGCUUUUCACUUGGCGUAUUUUCAAGGUUCAUUUGUGCUGUAGCAUUUAUCAGACUUUCAUUCCUUUGUCUUUUCAAAGCUGUAUAAUGUACUGUUGUGUGUAUACACUAAAUUUAGAAAACUCAUUCACUGUCAGUGGACAUGUGGAUUGUUUCCUCCUUUUAGCUACCGUGAAUAAGCUACUAUGAACAUGGGUAUACAACGUACAAAUAUGUCCCUGCUCUCGUUUUUCCAAAGGCUGUUCCUUGCUGCCUCCACUCUUUUUACUCCCAGUACCCUUUUACAGGUAGCACCUGGUACUUGUCUUUGACGAACAAACAGGUUUUAGUUAGGCAAAAUGUGAGAACUGUGUGGCCAUUUGCAAGUUUUAAUGGUAAUCAACCCGGGUUUGGGGUUGCUCCUGUACAGUGAAGUACCUCCUGAGGUGGCAGGAAAUGCAGGUAUUUAAAGGGAAGGGCAUACCAGGACAAUGUAAUUUCUACUUUGCUCAUUCACUUUUAAAAUGGCUGAAGGGCAGGUACUCUAGCCUUGAGACCUUCAACUCAUGAUAUACCCUCCAGCAACGGAGAAUUUCUUUUUAGUCCUUAAACUAUGGUCUCUAUUGCUAGUUUUCCAAACUUGAACACAGCCUUUUCCUUUCCUGGGAAGUUGUCCUAGUCUCCACCAUUGUGUGCAUAUAGCACUUGCCAUUCUGUACUGGGGUCACCUUUACUUGUUUAGCCACCCUCAUGAUGGGGAUGAUCCAAGUUUUGCAGAGGUGAAACUUAUAUACCGUUCGGGGGCCCUAAAAAUACACAAAACAAAUAAUUAAAAGACAAAUCACAGCACAUUACUAGAGACUUGGAGAUUCAGAUUCUCCUUAGAUCUCUCUGGGUAAUUUAUUAGAAAUGCUUACAUAGAUUUGCUUCCUAAUCUCAAGCUGGCUUCCCCUCUCCAGAACUCAGCAACUACCUGUUCUCCCAGGAGGCCAUGCAAGCGAGGAACCCUGAAGCUUAACAUUUAUUAACUUCAUGUAAAGGUCUGAGCGGACCUUUCAGGCCAGGCAGGGUGUCACUUGCCUGUGUUCCUUGUUAGGGCCUACCACCGGGUAGGUGCUUGGAAUGUACUGUGGAUUAAAGUCUUAAAUCCUGCGGGCCCCUCAAUCUAUCUAAGGACAUGAGUGGCUUAGAGAACGGCGCGACAAGGCUAAGCGAAAGAAAACAAGGCGGUGUGGCUGGGAGUGGGCUCCUUCCCUCCGCUGGUGAGGGUGCGAUCUUAGACUCUUGACAGAACCCGACAUAAGGGCCGCGUUCCAAUGGCGGCCUUCUCCCCUACCGGCCAACCUGCCCCGAGAAGAGCAGAAAGCACCCUGGGGGAUCUGCAGAUCAGCUUGCGUCUCAUUCUGGGGGACCGACACGGUGGAAUGCAAGACACCCCACUACCGGAAGUUUCUUUGAUAUUCAGAAAAACGGCGGAAGUAAGCCGCACCGCUUUCUCAGUAUAGUGCCUCGAGCUGGCUCGCCUACUUUCUACGGUAAAGGGAGGUGCUCCACAUCUCCAUGCAGCUGUGCAGCGCCACAGGUUCCAUGCGCAGGCUCGGUUCGUCAAACGCGCUUCCCAGCCGUCUUUCAGCCAGCCACCCAGUCCUUUCCCAGGUUCUCAAGCCAGGACGUGACGUAUUCAUACGUACUGGGGGCGGGGCCUGAAGGGGGGGGAAAUCGCCUGAGCCGGGAUAUCGCGAGAACAUUCCGUUCUUUCGUAGCUCUCGUGCUGCGGCUCAGCUCUCGUCGCAACGAGAUCUUUCGAGAUCUUCUCCGCCCCCGCUACCGGCGCCUCCUCUGCGGCCACUGAGCCGGAGCCGGCCUGAGCAGCGCUCUGGGUGGCAGUCCCCACUGGAAGGAUUUAGGCGCUCGCGUGGACACCGCACGCCCCUCAGUAGCCUCGUCCCAAGAGGCCUGUUUUCCACGCGCUAGCCCCGCCGGGGGUCUGUGUCCUGUCUCGGUGGCCGGACCCGGGCCCGAGCCCGAGCCCGAGCAGUAGCCGGCGCCAUGUCGGUGGUGGGCAUAGACCUGGGCUUCCAGAGCUGCUACGUCGCUGUGGCCCGCGCCGGCGGCAUCGAGACUAUCGCUAAUGAGUAUAGCGACCGCUGCACGCCGGCUUGCAUUUCUUUUGGUCCUAAGAAUCGUUCAAUUGGAGCAGCGGCUAAAAGCCAGGUAAUUUCUAAUGCAAAGAACACAGUCCAAGGAUUUAAAAGAUUCCAUGGCCGAGCAUUCUCUGAUCCAUUUGUGGAGGCAGAAAAAUCUAACCUUGCAUAUGAUGUUGUGCAGUUGCCUACAGGAUUAACAGGUAUAAAGGUGACAUAUAUGGAGGAAGAGAGAAAUUUUACCACUGAGCAAGUGACUGCCAUGCUUUUGUCCAAACUGAAGGAGACAGCUGAAAGUGUUCUUAAGAAGCCUGUAGUUGACUGUGUUGUUUCGGUUCCUUGUUUCUAUACUGAUGCAGAAAGACGAUCAGUGAUGGAUGCAACACAGAUUGCUGGUCUUAAUUGCUUGCGAUUAAUGAAUGAAACCACUGCAGUUGCUCUUGCAUAUGGAAUCUAUAAGCAGGAUCUUCCUGCCUUAGAAGAGAAACCAAGAAAUGUAGUUUUUGUAGACAUGGGCCACUCUGCUUAUCAAGUUUCUGUGUGUGCAUUUAAUAGAGGAAAACUGAAAGUUCUGGCCACUGCAUUUGACACGACAUUGGGAGGUAGAAAAUUUGAUGAAGUGUUAGUAAAUCACUUCUGUGAAGAAUUUGGGAAGAAAUACAAGCUAGACAUUAAGUCCAAAAUCCGUGCAUUAUUACGACUCUCUCAGGAGUGUGAGAAACUCAAGAAAUUGAUGAGUGCAAAUGCUUCAGAUCUCCCUUUGAGCAUUGAAUGUUUUAUGAAUGAUGUUGAUGUAUCUGGAACUAUGAAUAGAGGCAAAUUUCUGGAGAUGUGCAAUGAUCUCUUAGCUAGAGUGGAGCCACCACUUCGUAGUGUUUUGGAACAAACCAAGUUAAAGAAAGAAGAUAUUUAUGCAGUGGAGAUAGUUGGUGGUGCUACACGAAUCCCUGCGGUAAAAGAGAAGAUCAGCAAAUUUUUUGGUAAAGAACUUAGUACAACAUUAAAUGCUGAUGAAGCUGUCACUCGAGGCUGUGCAUUGCAGUGUGCCAUCUUAUCGCCUGCUUUCAAAGUCAGAGAAUUUUCUAUCACUGAUGUAGUACCAUAUCCAAUAUCUCUGAGAUGGAAUUCUCCAGCUGAAGAAGGGUCAAGUGACUGUGAAGUCUUUUCCAAAAAUCAUGCUGCUCCUUUCUCUAAAGUCCUUACAUUUUAUAGAAAGGAACCUUUCACUCUUGAGGCCUACUACAGCUCUCCUCAGGAUUUGCCCUAUCCAGAUCCUGCUAUAGCUCAGUUUUCAGUUCAGAAAGUCACUCCUCAAUCUGAUGGCUCCAGUUCAAAAGUGAAAGUCAAAGUUCGAGUAAAUGUCCAUGGCAUUUUCAGUGUGUCCAGUGCAUCUUUAGUGGAGGUUCACAAGUCUGAGGAAAAUGAGGAGCCAAUGGAAACAGAUCAGAAUGCAAAGGAGGAAGAGAAGAUGCAAGUGGACCAGGAGGAACCACAUGUUGAAGAGCAACAGCAGCAGACACCAGCAGAAAAUAAGGCAGAGUCUGAAGAAAUGGAGACCUCUCAAGCUGGAUCCAAGGAUAAAAAGAUGGACCAACCACCCCAAGCCAAGAAGGCAAAAGUGAAGACCAGUACCGUGGACCUGCCAAUCGAGAAUCAGCUAUUAUGGCAGAUAGACAGAGAGAUGCUCAACUUGUACAUUGAAAAUGAGGGUAAGAUGAUCAUGCAGGAUAAACUGGAGAAGGAGCGGAAUGAUGCUAAGAACGCAGUGGAGGAAUAUGUGUAUGAAAUGAGAGACAAGCUUAGUGGUGAAUAUGAGAAGUUUGUGAGUGAAGAUGAUCGUAACAGUUUUACUUUGAAACUGGAAGAUACUGAAAAUUGGUUGUAUGAGGAUGGAGAAGACCAGCCAAAGCAAGUUUAUGUUGAUAAGUUGGCUGAAUUAAAAAAUCUAGGUCAACCUAUUAAGAUACGUUUCCAGGAAUCUGAAGAACGACCAAAAUUAUUUGAAGAACUAGGGAAACAGAUCCAACAGUAUAUGAAAAUCAUCAGCUCUUUCAAAAACAAGGAGGACCAGUAUGAUCAUUUGGAUGCUGCUGACAUGACAAAGGUAGAAAAAAGCACAAAUGAAGCAAUGGAGUGGAUGAAUAACAAGCUAAAUCUGCAGAACAAGCAGAGUUUGACCAUGGAUCCAGUUGUCAAGUCAAAAGAGAUUGAAGCUAAAAUUAAGGAGCUGACAAGUAUUUGUAGCCCUAUAAUUUCAAAGCCCAAACCCAAAGUGGAACCUCCAAAAGAGGAACAAAAAAAUGCAGAGCAGAAUGGACCAGUGGAUGGACAAGGAGACAACCCAGGCCCCCAGGCUGCUGAGCAGGGUACAGACGCAGCUGUGCCUUCGGAUUCAGACAAGAAGCUUCCUGAAAUGGACAUUGAUUGAUUCCAACACUUGUUUCUAUUAAAACAGACUAUUAUAAA